GAGGAAAUCGCUGUGUCCGCGCUUCAACAGAUAAACGAAUGUGGGACCCACUACCGGGAAUUCAAGCGGGGACAAUCUGCAUUGGCUUUUCCGAUGAAGUUUCCAAGGGGUUACGGCGCGCAGAAGAAGGUGAGGACGUGGAUGGAGGAGUUUCAGAAGCUGCCUUAUGUUUCUCCCUAUGCUGAUUCCUCCAAGAUUGAUCCCAACAGCGAUUUGAUGGAGAAGCGCGUGGUUGGGGUUCUGCACGAACUUUUGAGUUUAACUCUGCACAAGAAAACAAAGAGAAACUACUUGAGGGGCUUGAGGGAAGAGUUGAAUCUUCCGCACAAGUUUACACGGAUUUUCACCCGGUAUCCCGGCAUCUUUUACCUCUCAUUGAAGUGUAAAACGACCACUAUUACUCUCAGGGAAGGGUACCAGAGUGGGAAACUGGUUGACCCGCACCCUCUUGUCCGACAUAGAGAUAAGUUCUACUGUGUCAUGCAGACGGGGCUUCUCUACCGCGGGGAUGGGUCAUUGAAACGUGACGACAACAAUUCGUUGGUCAAGAAUGAUGAGCUAAGAAGUGAGGAAUCCGGGGAGGAAGAGGUUGAAACGAGUGAUGAACUCUAUGAGGGUGAAUCGAGUGAUGAACUCUGCAAGGGUGAAGCUAGUGAAUAAGUUUUUUGGUGCUGAAUUCUGUUUGAAUGAUACGAGUAUCGUGCAUUCUGUUUAAAGAUAAUUUAUUUCCUCCUCCGCGGAUUAAUUGGUUGUGGAGUCAUUUAUUGGAGCUAUUGUGAAAAAAUACGAGGUUGAAUUUAAUAAGGCUGCACAGUCUUUAACAGAUGCUGUGAUUUCAACCUCUUAGAAAACUGUCUUGAAUAGACUGGUUAAGGAUAAUGUUGCAUUAAUAGUUGUUUUAGAAGCAAAAGUUAACCAGCCUGUUGACAAUCCUGGGAAAAGACAUCUUCUUUGCGUGGCAAGUACACAUGUAAAUGUUCAUCAAGAUUUAAAGGAUGUCAAACUUUGGCAGGUGCACGCUCUUUUGAAAGGAUUUGGAGAAAAUUGCUGCUAGUGCAGACAUUCCAAUGUUGGUUUGUGGAGACUUUAAUUCAGUUCCAGGAAGUGCUCCUCAUGCACUUCUUGCAAUGGGAAAGGUAGACUCAUCCCAUCCUGAUUUAGCUGUUGACCCACUUAAUAUAUUGCGUCCUCACAGCAAGUUGGUUCAUCAGUUGCCACUGGUCAGUGCUUAUUCAUCCUUUGCAAGAACAGUUGGUCUUGGAUUUGAGCAGCAUAAACGGAGACUAGACAAUGUAACAAAUGAACCUUUAUUCACUAAUGUAACCAGAGAUUUUAUUGGCUCUCUAGAUUACAUGUUUUACACAGCGGAUUCAUUGGUUGUGGAGUCAUUGUUGGAGCUAUUGGAUGAGGAGAGUUUGAGGAAAGACACAACACUUCCUUCUCCUGAAUGGUCCUCUGAUCAUAUAGCUGUUAUCCGAGUUUCGCUGCUGCAGGAAUAGAUCUAGGCGAUGACUUAAGGUCAGUUCCAGAGAGGCACAGAGAAAAGCGUAAAGAAACGUUUGAUUGAUAAGUUGUUGUAAAAGUGGUAGAUCAUACCUUUGUCUUUCUCCCAGGUAUCUCCUUGUGGGGGGCCUUGAAAUGAUCUGCUUUGUAUCAUGUCACCUUUGUCAUAGAAAAAUUAUGAUAAUGCCUUCUUUUCGCCCA